CUUCUUCUGCAUCUGCCAUAAAAUAAGGCAAAGGAAUAAAGUUGGGUUAACUUGUGAAUUUGUUGUGUGAAUUUCAACAAUGUUAUUGUAUCGCAAUUGGUUAUUAAUAUAAAUACAUAAUAAUUAAUGGUUUGUUCUGGAAUGCCCCCAUAUUUUAUGUUUUUUUAGUUUCUGAGGUUACUUGAUCUAUGAAGUAUGGAGACUGAGGAUGAUAUGAUUGUUUUGGUUGUUGUCGACGAUGAUGACGAGAAGGCGAAGAGUUCCGAAAACCAUUCGGUUUCUGAGCCUUCCAUAUCUAGCGUUGAAGUAGAUAAUAUAAUUGAGACAGCGCAGAAACAUGGCCAGUAUAUUGAAGUUAAGCAAGAACCCAUAGAUGAAUACCAAUACGAUUAUCUUGAGGAAGAUUUCAAAACUGAGGUAAAAGAGGAACCAAUAACUGCAGAAUAUGACAACGAUGAUGAGGAUUACACUGUCCCAGACGAAAGUUCACCGCACCAAAAAUAUGAUAAACAUCGGUUCUCAAUGCUGAAGCCGUGGCAACAGCAGUCAUUCGUCGCUGAGUUGAGAGAGAAUUACGAGGAAUUGCAAGAUGAUGAAGAGUUACUGGUCUAUACUUUAGGAAAGAUUAUGAAGUCGGUGAAACCACCGUCGCCACCGAAUGACUACUUUAUUAUAAAUGAGACUAUGUUUGAGUGUGUAUAUUGUGCGUAUAUGUCAGACACGGUGCCGGCAGCCGGGCGGCAUUACCAGGAGAAGCAUGGCCCGCGGUACCUAGUGUGUUAUGCUUGUGGUGUGGAUUUUAGGAGCACAACAAAUCUGUACAAGCAUGAGAAGCGUUGCAUCGCUCCGGACGCGGAGAUAGUGCUGCGAGCUCGCGCCAUCUUCCUCGGCCGGAAGGGACGCAGCCGACCCUUCCUAACCAAGAACAAGUUCUACGGCAAUAAGGAUGAUGCACCUCGGAAGACUUUUCCCUGCACCCUGUGUCCAGCAGUGUUUAUAACGAAGAGUAACUUGGAGUCACACGAGAACUUGCACCGAGGAGAGAGACCGUUCCGCUGCCAUGUGUGCCCUUGUGCUUAUACUUCUUAUUCAGCUUUGUCGCGUCAUACGAAAAAACAUUCGAAUGUGCAAUUCACUUGUGACCACUGCGGCAGAUCGUUCAAAAUUAAAGCUGCUUUAGUCGCUCAUAUGGAUACACACAAACCUUAUCGUAAACACGGCUGUGAGGAAUGCAAUCGUCGCUUCGCCCAGAAAUCAGCUCUAAUGCUACACGUCAACAAAGUACAUAGAAACCUGCCUCCGCCCUGUGCCUGUCAAAUAUGUCCUAAAAGGUACCCGCGCAUGUCGUUACUGAAGGCACACAUGAAGAGAGCGCAUGGCAUGACCAUCAUCACGAGGAAGAUGUUCUUCAAAACCCUACCAACUAUGUCAGAGUUAGAAGUACAGCAAUCUAAAGUCAUACUGAAAUACGAAGAAAACCCAAUGACUAGCUUACCUAAGACUGAACAAUUUACUGACGAAGAAAAUAACGAAGUAAAUUACGAAGAAUUUAAUGGAGAAGAUUAUAUUAAUGACGCGGAAAAUACUGAGCAAAUGUCGAUGGAAGAAUUCAUGCAAUACGUCAGUCAGAACGGACAAGAUUCAGGAGCGAAAAUAGUGUAUAUUCAGAACGGUGAAGUUCUUCAAAAGGACAGUGAUAGUAGUGAAAAUAAUAUUAUAAUACGAGUAGAACGUUCGAAUAAUGAUGAGAGUUUAGAAAAUUCUUUUAUAGCACCUAAAAUUGAACCAGACAUAGGGAUUCCGUGAGUAUUUUUUUAUAUUGGAAUAAUUUUUGGAACUUAUUUGAUAUUAUUAGUUCACAAUGCAAACGGCCGGCAUUA